AUGCCUGCUGUUCUAAAGAUAUCCACCCAAGAUUUGGACAAACUUACCCCAAACGACCUUGAAGGGGUGACGCCUAUACCGGCCCCUGGAUGCGGCGGCGCUGCAAGAGAAACUCAGGUAACGCAAUCUCGAGAUUUUGUGUCGGGCACUGCUGGCCUAGAUUACCCUACGCUAAACCUUGUGAAUGAUAGAAAUAUCCAAAGACCUUCCACAAGUUCGAGCUUAACACACACUCCAAGCGGCACUCCAUCCCCGGAUCCAGAAUUGGAUGCUAAACUCCGCCGGGAUGAUGAUAAAUACUACCAUAAUCUGAUAGAGAGAGGUGGUAGACCAGCAUUCUCGCUGCAACUUUGGUGGGAUCGCUACUGUGAUGAUCAGAGGACUGCGUGGGGGUAUUUGGACAACUAUGAACAGUAUGAAGAUAUUUUCAAGUACUGGUACAGAGGGGGCACUGGAUUUCGUGGACAACUACGGGUCUGGAUUCAUUUUCAAAGAUUCCAGCAGCGAAACCGCAAGACCGCGGAGAUAUUCGACCAGUACCAGCGGGAUGUGCGUGAAUACCGACGGAAUGAGGGUAUCGAGGGCGACAUUCAUCUGCACUUCGAUCCCAAGCAGCAGACCAAGGUGGAUGAGUGGAAGGAGUACCACUACUUCCAGCACCGGAAGCUGGCUGGGAUGAGGCCAAGAGCUGAGGAGGCCCGCCAACGGCGGGAGAAAGAGAGGAGAGAGUGGGAGGCGGUCAACGGAACAGGAAAGAAGAUAGACCGCAGUGAGCCAGCUGGUAUUGCCUGGAUUUAUAGAGACAAGGUCGAAGCAGACCUAGACGACUUCAUGGUUUUGCUAAACUGGAUAGAACAGCAGCUUCCAGAAAUCGCUCGAGAAUGUGCAAUAUCCAACAACAAUAACGCUCCCAAAGACACGCCGAAACCUGUGGGUCCGGUGGAGGUAUCCGGAACCGUACCGAUGCUAUCUGCAGUCUCCCGUACCAGAAGGACCGCGAGGAGCAAUCGAAGGCCAACUAAUGGGAAUAAGAGGUCUACAAGCCCAGUCCUUGGAUCAGUCGGUGCAGUGAGGGUCGCCAAAGCCAGCAGGAAAACAAAGUCAUCAGUUCAUGCCCUAGUGUCUGGUGCGCAGUCCACGACGCACGGCGAUACAAGACGGAUCACAAGGGCACAAAAUAGAGCAAGCACAGCAACGAUGAAUGCCAUAAUUCAAACCUAUGCACAGGCAUCAGCAGAUACAGCGCCCUUGCGCAGAAGCAGGCGCAUCAGGGAUCUGGAAGCCAGGAGAAACGGGCAGUGCAAGAUGAUGCCGAGGGAGGCCAGACAAAAAGUCUCAAGAGCCAAAUCUCAAAGAAAGCCAAAGGAGCGGGUGUCAAAGGAGCGGAAGCUAUCUCCACAGGCCAGACCGCAAGGGAUCACAAAAUCUCGAGUGACCAGGAAGAAAAAUUUAUCCCGGACCGCCGAGCAGCUUGACAGAUGA